GGUGAACCGGAUGCUCUGUCAGUCUCCUCCUCCGCGCCCUUAGCCUCCACCCAGCUCCCUGGAGAAGCCGCUGCCACCUCGAGGCCUUGGCCAAGAGAGGCUGCUGGCGACUGGCCUGGCGGGCGCGGGCACGGUAGGAGCUGGGCGCGCACGGCUACCGCGCGUGGAGGAGGCACAGCCCUGCGGCCAUGAGUGCCAGGGCCGCUCCUUCACGCCGGAGACAGGCGGGCCGCCGGUUGCGCUACCUGCCUACCGGUAGCUUUCCCUUCCUCCUCUUGCUGCUGUUGCUCUGCAUUCAGCUCGGGGGCGGACAGAAGAAAAAGGAGAACCUUUUGGCUGAAAAAGUGGAACAGCUGAUGGAAUGGAGUUCCAGGCGCUCCAUCUUCCGAAUGAAUGGGGACAAGUUCCGGAAGUUUGUAAAAGCCCCGCCUCGGAACUACUCCAUGAUCGUCAUGUUCACUGCUCUGCAGCCUCAGCGGCAGUGUUCCGUGUGCAGGCAGGCUAACGAAGAAUAUCAAAUCCUGGCUAAUUCCUGGCGUUAUUCAUCUGCUUUUUGCAACAAACUGUUUUUUGGAAUGGUGGACUAUGAUGAAGGGACAGAUGUUUUUCAACAGCUCAACAUGAACUCUGCUCCCACAUUCAUGCAUUUUCCUUCAAAAGGCAGACCCAAGAGAGCUGAUACUUUCGACCUUCAACGAAUUGGAUUUGCAGCUGAACAGCUAGCAAAAUGGAUUGCCGACAGGACGGAUGUUCAUAUUCGAGUUUUCCGGCCGCCCAACUACUCGGGCACCAUUGCUUUGGCCCUGUUAGUGUCGCUGGUUGGUGGUUUACUUUAUCUAAGGAGGAACAACUUGGAGUUUAUCUAUAACAAGACUGGUUGGGCCAUGGUAUCUCUGUGUAUAGUCUUUGCUAUGACGUCUGGCCAGAUGUGGAAUCAUAUUCGUGGACCUCCAUAUGCUCAUAAGAACCCACACAAUGGACAAGUGAGCUACAUCCAUGGAAGCAGCCAGGCUCAGUUUGUGGCAGAGUCACACAUCAUUCUAGUACUGAAUGCUGCUAUCACCAUGGGGAUGGUUCUUCUAAAUGAAGCAGCAACUUCCAAAGGGGAUGUCGGGAAAAGACGGAUCAUUUGCCUCGUGGGAUUGGGCCUGGUGGUCUUCUUCUUCAGUUUUCUACUUUCAAUAUUUCGUUCAAAGUACCAUGGCUAUCCAUAUAGCUUUUUAAUUAAAUGAAGCCAAAUGGGAUUUGCAUAAAGUGAGUGUUUACUGUGAAGAGAAGCUGUUCCUGACAUUGUAUUAUUUGGAAUUCUUGAGGUUCAUUCUCUGUUGAUUGUGAUACACUAGCUUAUUCUUGUAUAAUUUUUUUAAACUGUGGAUUUUCCUAAAACAUUUAAUUUAUAGAAAUGAAUGUGUAACAUUCCGUAAUCUGCAAUGGACUAUCCAAGUGUUUUUAAAUAUUCUCAAUGUAUGCCACAGGAGUGAAAUAAAUGACAUUGUAACUAUGAAUUCAUGUUUUAGAACUGUGUAUGCUCCUAAGUAAGGAAUCCACGUGUUAGUAAAGAAAUCCAUGGAAUGUAUGUAAAAGAAUUGCUAGUACUGUACAAGGAUAGAGCAUAUGCAUGAAAUAUGUCGUGUGGACAAUAAGUCUUUCUUCAGUUUCACUUAUAAAGGACGUACACUGGUACAAAA